UGCAAUCAAUUGCAGGCCCGUCGUUCCAAGUCCUUCAUCGCGAUCCCCAUGCUCUCCGUGCUCCGAGAGCUCCCGAAGCUGCGCGUGGCCUCGCGCGCGGCGCUAUUGCACAUGGGCCGCGCCACCACCGAGGGGACGCAGGCCUUUAUCGCCAAUGCGAACGUCGCGACGCAGCGAGCUCUGCAGCUGCCGACGGCGACGGUCGCGAUCACGCCGCUGGGCUACGGUAGCCCCGUGCUUUUCACCAAGGAGUCACAGCUGCUCCACCAGCUCAAGGAGGCCGUCCUGACGCACCAGCACAACUUUGUCCAGACGCACUUUUGGUACACGGUGCCGUCGCAGGCCGAGGCGGUCUCGGUCACGCACGCGGCCGAGCCCAUCGCGCUCAACGAACUCUUCUCUGAAGACAGCGUUCCGCGCGAGAACAUUGUGCUCAGCGCGCUUCUCGACGACAAGAUCGAUGGCGCCGCACUGCGACUGGACGAGAAGCUGUCGCCCGAGGCCGUGACGUACCAGAUCGAGCGCAUUCGGCGCGCGCUGGACGUCGAGACCGUCGACGUGGUGCUGCUGCGUCUGCCCAGCGAGCUCGUUGACACGCACGACAAGGCGCUGUUGCAGGGCGCGAUCGCUGCGCUCGAAGGUAGCAUCGCGGCGGGGCACAUUCAAGGCUACGGCUUUGCCUUCCCAUCUUCGAGCUCUCCCGAGGCGACCGACGCCUUUGUCCGCCGCGUGCUUUUCGCCGACGACGUGUGGCAGCCCGGCUGCGUCGCGCUGCAAGUGCCGGUCAACGUCCAGAGUAAUUUGGCGUUUGCAGUGCACCGUGAAAAGAAGGGCGUCGCGCUCCUUGGUGAGCAGCCGCUGGAUGUGAAUGUUCUUGCGGGUGGGGACCCCAAGCCGCUGCACUUGGCGACGAUGCCGGCCAAGCUCUCGGGCGACGAGAUCGCGGCCAAGCUCAAGGAGACGUUUGCCUUUGCGCUCAAUGUCGAGCAAAAGUACCGCGAGACCAUUUACCCGGCCAAUGCGACAAGCGUGCCGUCGCCCGACGAGAUUGCGUGGGCGCACAUUCUCGCGUACCAGCACGAGCAGUUUGACAACUUUGCCGAGUGGGUGUACAUCCGCGAGACGCAGAUUCUGCCGCGCAUCGAAGCCAUCCUCGAGACGCUCAACCAGGUCGAAGCGACCAAAGAGUUUUCGUUUGCCUACUCGUUUGCGAUCCGCGACCUCUUGCGAUACUUUGACGCGUCGAUCGAGAUGAUUGCCGCCAACGACGCCAAGGACAUCCACGACCAGCUCACCACGUUUGGUGUGCCGUCGUCGUCGCUCGAAGAGGCCGCGGUGCGCGUCGCGUUGUCGAGUGCCGCAGAUUGCGUCCUCGUCGCCGACGACUUUGAAGCUCGUCGCGCGCUCCAAGACAACGCCCGCCUUCCGCAGGACGUGCUCGCCGCGAUUCAAGCCCAUCGGUGGCAAUCGUAA